AUGGCUUUCUUCCCCCGCAACUUCUACAACUCCGACGCCUCCUUCACUCCCCUCUUCCGCCUCCUUGACGACUUCGACAGCUACUCUCGCCAGGGACAGGGACAGAAUGGCCGCCGCAGUGGUCUGAGCCACUGGCAGCCCAAGUUUGAUGUCCGCGAGACUGCAGAGGCCUAUGAGCUGCACGGCGAGCUCCCUGGAAUGAGCAAGGAGGACGUCCACAUCGAAUUCACCGAGCCCCAGACAAUGCUCAUCCGCGGCAAGACCGAGCGCACCUACACUGCCGGCACCCCCCCUGCUGGCCUGGUUGAAGACACUGCCAUGAGCGGUGCCAUCACCGAGGGCAGCGACGACGGCAAGAGCUCGCACAAGGCCACAGUUGAGGAUGAGGCCGAGGCCAACGCCCAUGAACAGGGCACCGAAGUCGUUCAGCAGCCCAAGGAGGAGGUCCAGAAGAAGCCUGCCGACUCUGCCAAGUACUGGCUCACUGAGCGCAGCUUUGGCGAGUUCUCUCGCAGCUUCAACUUCCCCACCCGCGUCGACCAGGACACCGUCUCUGCUACCUUCAAGGAUGGUAUCCUGAGCAUCGUCGUCCCCAAGGCCAAGAAGCACGAGUCUCGACGCAUCACCGUCAACUAA